GGCGGAGAGGCGGGCGCUCACACUCGCGGUGCGUACGGCUGCAGUUCGGUGGGGUCGCUGCUCUUUGGAUUAACACGCUUGUUUGUAAAUAGUGACACUGUGCUCCCCUCAUUGCGGACGGGAAGAUUUAAACACCUGGACAGCUGCUCGCACGGUAAGGACGCAGAUAACCGCGGGGAUACUGAGUAACUGGGGGGGCGGCGGUCCGGUGCCAGCCGCUAUCCCGACCUGACAGCUGGCUUUUCCCAAGACUUGUUUCUCUGCUCCCGGCUCACGCCUCCCUGCCCGGAGAUCCGCCGGUGCACGCCUUCGCCGCCACGUUAAAGGGGUUCCGGGCAUUGGUGUGUUAAACUGCGUGUCCCGGCCGGCAUUGAGAAGUCCCCUGGUGCGAUCGCCCCCGGCUGACCUCUGGUUCGCUCCCCGCACACAGGCAGCCCACAAUGCCACUGACGUCCAGCAUGGCGAGUCGGAAUUACGAUUACGACUACGACUCUAUCCAGCCGUACUUCUUUGAUGACGAGGAGGACUUCUACCAGCAGCAGCCCGGCCAGCUGCAGCCGCCGGCGCUCAGCGAGGACAUCUGGAAGAAAUUCGAGCUGCUACCCACGCCUCCCCUGUCUCCGAGCCGGCGCUCCUCCCUGACCGGCCCGCUGCCCUCCAAGGCUGACCAGCUGGAGAUGGUCACCGAGUUACUCGGCGACGACGUGGUCAGCCAGAGCUUCAUCUGCAACGCUGAUUACUCGCAGUCUUUCCGCAAGUACAUCAUCAUUCAGGACUGCAUGUGGAGCGGCUUUUCUGCCGCCGCCAAGCUGGAGAAGGUGGUGUCCGAGCGCCUGGCGUCUCUGCAGGCGGCACGCAAGGAGCCGCCAGCCACAGAGCCCGGGCUGCCGGAGCUGAACUCCUCGGCUUCCGAGUGCAUCGAUCCGUCGGUCGUGUUUCCCUUCGCGCUGACUGAGUGCGGCAAGACCGGCAAGGUGACCCCGUCCCCGGCGCUGCCCCUGCUCCUGGACACGCCGCCCAACAGCUGCAGCAGCAGCGACAGCGAUUCCGAUGAUGAUGAUGAUGAUGAAGAAGAUGAUGAUGACGAUGAUGAUGGGGAUGAGGAAGAUGAUGAUGAAGAGGAAAUCGACGUCGUGACUGUAGAAAAGAGGAAGAACGUGAGGAGGUCAGAGGUGCACAGGACAGGCACCCCUGGCAGGCAGCAGCAGAGCCCCCUGGUCCUGAAACGGUGUCACGUGCCAAUUCACCAGCACAACUACGCAGCCUCUCCUUCUACCCGCAGCGAGCAGCCCGCUAUCAAGCGGAUAAAGUUCGAAGGAGGGGGAGGAGGUGGCAGCAGGGUUUUAAAACCAAUCAACCGCAAAUGCCCAAGCCCCCGGACGUCAGACACGGAGGACAACGAUAAGAGGAGGACUCACAAUGUCCUAGAGAGGCAGCGGAGGAACGAGCUGAAACUGAGUUUCUUUGCCCUGAGAGACGAGAUUCCCGAGGUGGCCAAUAAUGAGCGGGCCGCCAAGGUGGUCAUCCUGAAAAAGGCCGCGGAGUGCAUCUACAGCAUGCAAACGGACGAACGGCGCCUCCUGCAGCUCAAGGAAGAGCUGCGCAGACGGGGGGAGAGGUUGAGACACAGGCUGGAACAGCUGAGAGACUGUCACACGUAGGGUCAGCCGAGGACAGGGACACUAACAGACUGCCGGCAUCCACCUGCCCACUCUGUGUAUUGCAUGCAAAUGUGUAAAUCGGCAGUCCACCACACAACCUCGGUCACGAGCCAGUCUGGCUUUCACCAUGAACUGCCUCCAUUGAAUAGCUAAAUUUAAGUCUAUGUUUAUUGAAGACUGGACUGUGUAAAUCAGUCAUUCUUGCUAUCUUUUUUAUGUGACUUAAUAUUUGUUGUUUUAUGUGCAGAUUUAUAAAUUGUUUUUACAAUUUGCUAUAAUAGUUUUUUUGCAAUCAAAUACAAUGCUUUAUGAACACUC